UCUGCAGUCGCAGAGACAACAUCAACCAUCAACCGGCUUAUUAAAUCCCACGCUUGCGGAAGUUUUACGUUUUACAUUCAAUUUUCCAAUUUGCAAGUGCCAAGCGCGUGCUACAUUCAACAAGUUAACGCGAACUCUACUUAAACAAAUAAAAAUAAUACAUAAUAUACAUUUAUAAUAAAAAAUAAUCUUUGAAAAAGAGUCAACUUGUGUUCAAGGGUUUUAAUUCAUCCAAAGUACUUCGCUUACAAAGAAAGAUUCGCAAAUAUGUGCGACUAUGACGAUGAACUUUAUCAUGAACGCCUUCCAAACGUUUGUAGUGCCAUCAAUGCCAAGGCCAGGAACUGUUGCAGCACGGAUAGUAUAAAGCGAAAGUUGCCCAUCUGCACUUGGCUGCCCAAAUACAAGGCGAAAUAUCUGAUAGACGACAUUGUGGCUGGUUUAACGGUAGGUCUCACAGCUGUCGCCCAAGGCAUUGCCUAUGGAGCUGUUGCUGGUCUGCCGAAUGUUUAUGGCCUCUACUCAUCGUUCAUGGGCAGCUUUACGUACAUCUUCUUUGGCACCUGCAAGGACAUCACGGUGGGACCCACGGCCAUUAUAUCGAUGAUGGUGAAUCCACACAUCGAUGGAAAUCCAGAUCUUGCAGUGCUGCUUUGCUUUUUAUCGGGUUGUUUGAUAUUGCUGCUGGGCUUAUUAAAUCUCGGCGUCUUGAUGCGAUUCAUUUCAAUGCCUGUGACAACGGGAUUUACCCUGGCCGCUGCCUUGACGGUGGGCAGUGGUCAGAUUAACAAUCUCUUUGGCAUUCAAAGUAAUUCGAAUGAGUUUCUCAAAUCGUGGAUCAAUUUCUUUGGACACAUCACAGAGACGCGGCGGAAUGAUGCCUUACUUGGCUGCUGUACGAUGAUUGUAUUGUUAUUCAUGCGAAAACUGAAGGAUGUUAAAUGGGGCUUUCAUCAGUUAAACAGAUAUUUGUCCCUAUGCCGCAAUGUUUUGGCCGUAAUUGUGGGUAUCUUGUUAUGUUAUCUGCUGAGUCGUGGUGACAAUGAAAUGCCAUUUCGCAUUAGUGGUGAAAUCCAAGCCGGUUUGCCACCCGUUCGUGUGCCACCAUUCGAAACUCAGGAUGCGGAUGGUGAGCCAAUUAACUUCAGCGAAAUGGUCUCCAAGCUCGGAGGAUCGAUCGCCUCAAUAGCGUUGCUGAGCAUCUUGGAGAGCGUGGCAAUUGCCAAAUCAUUCUCCAAGGGAAAGAUUGUGGAUGCUUCGCAGGAGAUGGUUGCCCUGGGCUGUUGCAAUGUCUUCAGCAGCUUCUUCUCCUCGAUGCCCAUAACUGGAUCAUUCGCAAGAUCGGCUGUCAACAAUGCGAGUGGUGUGCAGACGACACUUGGCGGCGCCAUCACCGGCAUCCUUAUCCUGAUGACACUCGCAUUUCUCACUCCCACAUUUGCGUAUAUUCCCAAGGCAACACUAGCAGCCAUCAUCAUAGCAGCCAUGUUAUUCAUGGUGGAGUACGACAAGAUUGCCGAGAUUUGGCGUGCCAAGAAGCGCGAUAUGUUGCCCUUUUUGGCUACAGCGUUGAGUUGUUUGUUCUGGUCGCUGGAGUAUGGAAUGUUGGUUGGCAUAGUGGUCAAUGCGCUGUUCAUACUGAAGAAGAGCAUGACGCCACAGUUUCAGCUUGAAACACAAAAGCACAAUGGCAUCGAACUGUGUCUGGCGGAGCUCAAAGGCAGCGUUGAUUACACGGCAGCCGAAUAUUUGAAGAUCACAAUUGUCACGCACGUGACGGAGCGGCACAUGGGCAAUGGCAAUGUUUCGUUGGUGAUCAUUAAAGGUGCCGAGAUUAAUUCAAUUGAUGCGACAGUGGCAGCUACAAUUGUUUCGCUACAGGAAGAUCUCAAGCUACUGCAGUGCGAUCUCAUUUGCUGGAACUGGAACUUGGCAGCAGCGGGAGUCGUGUGCCGUCUGCACAAGAAGUCGCGCAACAUGUUCAAGUUUACGAAAAACUUUUCAGAACUUCUAGAAACAAUACCACCAGCACAUGGCGGCAACGAUUCUCAUAUUGCAUGCGACUUGAGUCAAUAAAAAAGACAGUUGUUUUUAAGCAUACAUUAAUUCAUGUACAGUUAAGCAUACAGUGUUCAGUGCUUUU